GUGCCAGUGAAUGUGCAAGACACAGUGAUGUGUACUGGUGUGGCCAGUGGAGGGGAAGCUGAAUGGAAGGCAGCUUGGACACGCUAUACCAAGUCCAAUGUUGGCUCAGAGAAGGCAAUGCUUCUGUCUGCCAUGGGUUGUACUAAGGAGGUGUGGAUCCUGGCAAGGUACCUCAAGAUGGCUUUCACCGAAAAGAGUGGGAUCAGAAAGCAAGAUGCUUCAAGUGUGUUCACUGCUGUAGCUUACAACUCUGUGGGUCGUGACUUGGCUUGGAACUUCCUCCAGGAUCAGUGGCCUGUCAUACUGGAAUAUUUGGGACCAGGUUCAUCCCAUCUCUCCAGGAUAGCCAAGGCUGCCAGCCAAGGUUUCAACGCUCAGCUGGAACUCAAGGAGCUGAUGAAGUUUAAAUCUGACAAUGCAGAUCACCUGGGGUCAGCCAGAAGGGCUCUGGACCAGUCACUCGAGAGAGCCACACUCAACACAGCCUGGAUGGAAAAGAACUAUGAUGCCAUUUUAGUGUGGCUUAACGGACAAGGCUAUGACCACACACUCUAAGACUUUGUGUAUUAAUAUUAAACAUUAUGGCUCAGGUACUUACAUUAAAAUGUAUGCUAAUGCACUUAUACAGUACAUGUUUAUGCAUAGUUUUUCUUGAACUAAAAUGUAUGCAUAUGUAUUUUUACAUACUAUACACUAGAAGCACAACUUUAUUUUUAUUAAAUUAAAAUCAUGGUUGUAUGAA